CUAAUGAGGCCGGAGAAGGAGGCUGGGGCUGCCAAGAUGGCGACGGAGCGCAGUCGCUCCCCGAUGGGGGGCUCGCCGGUGCCGGCCUCGAUGUUCGCCCCGGAGCCCGCCUCUCACGGCGGGGCAGUGGCGGCCUCUUCCAGGUUCCACCGCGGCGUCGCGGACUCGGACUGCAGCGAGGACGGCGAGGUGCUCAAUGGGGAGCCCGAGCUCGACCUCACCAGCAAGCUAGUAAUGGUGAGCCCAACAUCAGAGCAGUAUGAUAGCUUGCUGCGGCAGAUGUGGGAGAGGAUGGAUGAAGGAUGCGGGGAGACCAUCUAUGUCAUUGGACAAGGAUCAGAUGGGACUGAGUACGGGCUCAGUGAUGCAGAUAUGGAAGCAUCCUACGCCACCGUGAAGAGCAUGGCUGAGCAAAUAGAUGCAGAUGUGAUCCUCUUGCGGGAGCACCAAGAGGCAGGAGGCAAAGUGCGUGACUACCUGGUGCGGAAGCGGGUGGGUGACAACGAUUUCCUGGAGGUCAGGGUAGCCGUGGUUGGCAAUGUGGACGCGGGGAAGAGCACGCUGCUGGGUGUCCUCACCCAUGGUGAGCUGGACAAUGGACGUGGCUUUGCCCGGCAAAAGCUUUUCCGCCACAAGCACGAGAUCGAAUCGGGCCGUACUAGCAGCGUGGGCAAUGACAUAUUGGGCUUUGACAGCGAGGGCAAUGUAGUGAACAAGCCUGAUAGCCACGGUGGAAGUCUGGAGUGGACUAAGAUUUGUGAGAAGUCAACAAAGGUCAUAACCUUCAUUGACCUGGCUGGGCACGAGAAGUACCUGAAGACUACAGUCUUUGGCAUGACUGGGCACCUCCCUGACUUCUGCAUGCUAAUGGUUGGCAGCAAUGCAGGAAUUGUUGGGAUGACCAAGGAGCACCUGGGCCUUGCAUUGGCGCUCAACGUCCCAGUCUUUGUGGUGGUGACCAAGAUUGACAUGUGUCCUGCCAACAUUCUCCAAGAAACCCUGAAGCUGUUGCAACGACUUCUGAAGUCUCCAGGAUGCAGAAAGAUCCCUGUCCUGGUCCAGAGCAAAGAUGAUGUCAUCGUUACUGCCUCCAACUUCAGUUCAGAAAGGAUGUGCCCAAUAUUCCAGAUUUCCAAUGUCACCGGUGAGAACCUGGAAUUGCUUAAGAUGUUUCUCAAUCUCCUGUCUCCAAGGACCAGUUACAGGGAAGAGGAGCCUGCAGAAUUCCAGAUAGAUGACACUUACUCUGUUCCAGGUGUAGGGACAGUGGUGUCUGGGACAACACUAAGAGGUCUGAUCAAGUUAAAUGACACCUUGCUGCUCGGCCCAGACCCUCUGGGUAACUUCUUGCCCAUUGCUGUGAAGUCCAUCCACCGCAAGCGCAUGCCCGUCAAAGAGGUUCGAGGAGGACAGACUGCCUCCUUUGCUCUGAAGAAGAUCAAGCGCUCCUCUAUCCGGAAAGGCAUGGUGAUGGUGUCUCCCCGAUUAAAUCCUCAAGCGUCUUGGGAAUUUGAAGCUGAGAUUCUGGUUCUGCAUCAUCCUACCACCAUCAGUCCACGUUACCAGGCGAUGGUGCAUUGUGGCAGCAUCCGCCAGACAGCCACUAUCCUCAGUAUGGACAAAGACUGUCUACGCACAGGAGACAAGGCAACCGUGCACUUCCGCUUCAUCAAAACCCCGGAGUACCUGCACAUAGACCAGCGGCUGGUUUUCCGUGAAGGGCGUACCAAAGCUGUGGGUACCAUCACCAAGUUACUCCAGACCACAAAUAACUCUCCAAUGAACUCCAAGCCUCAGCAGAUCAAGAUGCAGUCCACGAAAAAGGGCCCCCUGACCAAGCGAGAGGAAGGGGGAGCCCAGGCUGGCAUGGCGACGGCGAGUCCCACAGUGGCAGAUGAUGCGGUUUCGCUGGGAGCAGCCCCCUCAGCACCUUCGAGUGCCCAGCAGCCUCAGCCUGCCCUGGAUGAAGAGCCCCACAACCGAGAGGGCAGCAAGGUGAAGACUGGAGGAGGUGGCCGCCGACGUGGAGGGCAGCGCCAUAAAGUGAAGUCUCAAGGGGCUAUUGUGACUCCUGCUGGUGGCUGCUGAACAUCGUUUUUAAUCACUGCGGAAUUCGCACCCUCCCCUUCUUCAACCCAAAAACCCAGAGCAGCCUAACCAAAAUCCAUCCCAGCUGAUCUGCUACUGUGGAACUUCUCCUCCUCCUCCCCUCCUGGAGAGGAGCCACCAGGGGGACGCAGGGUUUACAGUUUAAGCUAACGAAGGUGACAAAAGCACACGUGGGACUGACCAGCUGCCGCCUUCUCCCUCCCCCCCCCCUGCCCAAACAUUUUGUACAUCGUGAGCUCUUAGUCAUGAUUUUUUAUUAGUUUUUAUUAUGGUGGAUGUUUGUGUGUGGUAUGCGUGCGGAUGAAGAAUCGGGAGGAUCUAGGUAUACAGAGUAAAGUAACUGCCUCCUCUUCUCUUCCCCACCCUGUCAUAUAUAUAUUUUUGAAACUGACCCUGUGUCUGUGGUCUGCAAUCAAGAAUUCCUGAAAUCCCAUUCAUACAAGUAUGAAUAUGCUAGUUGGUUCGGAAGAGGUAGGAAUUCCCCCCCUUUCACACCAGUCAAACUGCGUGAGCCCUGGGCAGCCUCCUUUAGUUUAAAGUACCAAUGCCUGCAAUUGGUAAUCGACAUGAAGGAACACACACACACACACACUCCAGCAGCAUUCCAAAAGCUGGAUUGAUAUGAGAUCCUAGAUCUCAUAAUUAUGCACUUGUAAGCUUACUUUAAAAGCGAGACUUGUGGGAGGAGGUGGAGCAGGCCACAAAAGCACUGGUGGCUUUGGAAUUGUUGGUGGAAGGUCAACAAAUUGAUUUCACACAAUCCUUUUUGGGCCUUGUGUUCAAAACCUACUAUUUUUCUUGCAGUCAGUCAUGGGUGCCUGCAUAUUCUGAAUCUUGCCAUAUCUGCUUUUCUAACCAGCUACGUCAGAUUGGGGAAAGGGAGAGACACUGCAAGUUGGCUUCUUGUGACUCACCCAUUUCUUCCCCGUGGUAUCCAAGUGCAUCUUUAAAGGCAGUGUUUCCUUCCCCUCUUCAAGAACUGACACUGACAGUGGGCGACUUCUCCCUGCAUAUUUGUGUAAUGCAAGAAUUCAUUUCUCCUCAUUAGGGAAAUGGGUGUUGCUGCCUGUAAGUGGGCAUGGGCCUCUUAGUGUCUAGAAGCCAGCUUGCACCCCUCAUUUCAGCCUCUCCUCAGAAUCAUAACUGUUGUGGGUUUAGACACACUCACUGUGUAAAAGCAGGAAGAGGUUUACUGGAGCCAGCUCUGAGCUGUGCUUUUAAAUUUGGACACAUGUUCAAGAUUUUAUAACUUUGAUACACAUUUGCUGCUUCUUUUUGAGGCACUUAUUCUGAAUUGACUUUUAACUGGCAUCAUGUUUUUGUUUAAAAACAAAAACCAGGUUUGUAGUUCACUGGUUUGUAGCUUUUAAAGUCUCUCCCCAUGUCUCUCAUAUUGCUGUCUGCAACAUCAUUCUAACAUUUUUGAAUGGCUGGAGUUUCCCGGAAGCUAAGAGUCAACACUGAUGAGUAGGUAGGCAUGGCUUAUGGUCUACUUUCUUGCCUGAAACUUUGUGGGCAGCAUCCUAAGCAGUGACAGUAUUAAUAGCACCCUUGGGGAGAGAAUGGAGCGUGCUGUGGCUAAAGGAAGACGGCAGCCUGUAUCACUUGGUGCCUUGGGCACCCAGUAGCGACAUCCGCCUCAUGGCCUUCUAUUUCCAAGGGAAGUGGAGACCUUGGUGUGGUGUCCUUUUUAUUUUUUCUUCUCCUUUCAUUCCUUAGUUCUGAAAGAGGAAUGUGCAGUGCUGAAGUUUUCAUUAUAAAAAAAAAAAAGCCACAUGGUGCUGUGUUCUGUUUUGUGACCAGCAUUUAAAGACUACUGAGGCUGGCAUGAUGUAAUAAUAAUAAUAAAAAGAAAGGUUUGUUUAAAGUUUUAAAAUUAAA